AUGUCGACGGCUGUGGAAGCAACGGGGUUCAUCAUGUGCGUCAUCAGCUUUCUGGUCACCGGAGCAUCGCUGGUCAACGACUACUGGAAGAUCUCCACCGCGUACGGCAGCCUCAACAUCGCUUUGAGGCAUUUUGAGAACUUGUGGCACUCUUGCACCGAGGACAACACCGGCAUCGCCGAGUGUCGGGACUUCGAGUCUCUGCUCGCCCUCCCCGCUCACGUUCAGGGCUGUCGCGCUCUCAUGAUCAUCUCGCUGCUGCUCGGCCUCGCCUGCAUGGUCGUGUCGCUGCUCGGACUCAAGUGCAUCAAGAUCGGUUCGUCCACCGACCAGUCCAAGGCCAAGAUCGCCGUCACUGGAGGCAUCCUGAGCAUCCUCAGCGGUCUGUGCCCCCUGAUAGCUUGUUCUUGGUAUGCAUUCCGAGUGGUUCAAGAAUUCAAUGACCCAUUCUACGGUGGAGAAAAGUUCGAACUGGGUACUGGUCUGUACAUUGGAUGGGCUGGAGCCGCGCUGGCCAUACUGGGAGGAGCUUUUCUCUGCAGUGCGUGUAAGAGAGCGUCACCCGGUGGCAAGAGAGGUGGCUACUAUGGAGGCGAACCAAAGAAAGUCUACAAGGCAGCCACUACAGAGUCAGACGCCAGAGCUUACGUCUAAACUCACACAUCUGCACUGUCGUCAUCAGAAUGUUUUACAGACUCGCUUUUCUUUUUUUGGAGGCUCAAACUCUGACUUCGUCUUGAUUUACCACAACUGUAAUGUUAAGAUAAACACCCUUUUCUGCAUCCUCAGACUGCUGUCUUAGACGAAGUCUGGGCCUGACACCGUUUUUCUGUCAUUUGUCUUAUUUGUUUUUGAAGAGUUUGAGGUGAAAUCUGAAAUCCUACGAAUCUAUCAGGUAGAUUGCUGUUAAUGAUUGUUUUAAUCCUGUUUGGAGUUUAUUUUUACCUGAAUAAAGUUUGUAUUACAAAAUAAAACGAGCUGUUAUGGUUGUUUUUUUUUUUUUUUACAGCAUCCACGUUGUGAUGCUCAAAUUAAAUGUAAGUGUUGUAAUAAUUGUGCUCAUGAAUUGUUAUUAUUGAACAAAACAAUGAUGCAAACCUUGGAUAAGAUACAAUACACCAUAUACAGAAUACGUACAGUACUAUAUUCAUAGCAAAGCCUAAAAUCCAUCCAGUCACUUUGCAGCUCUUUUUGUGAGUCACCUUGUUGUUGUUGUCGGUCUCUCAGGUCUUUAUAGAUGUGUUGUUUUUUUUGUUUUGU